AUGUCGAACACCACCUUCGAACCCGGCUCGGCCGCGUUCCGUUUCACCAGGACGAACCGCCCCGGCUUCGUGAUCUUAUACUAUGGCGCCAUCGCGCAUCGCAGCGUCAACCGUCGCGCGUCGCCGGCCCCCCUCCACCCCAACCCCAUCAAGAACCUCGACCUCCUCCUCACGGCGGACGUCAACCGCACCCAACUCGCCGAACUCUACCUCUCCGCGUACGUCAAUACCCUUCCCGAGGGCAUCCACUCCGAGGCCCUCGUCGACACGUACAAGGAUUACAUGGAGACUAGCAUCGGCCUCAUGUUGUGGUCCCGGACCCUCUACGUUUUCGGUCGCACCGAAGAGGAACGUAACGAGCGCCUCGCGCUCGCUCAAGGCUCAAUCGACAGUGCGGGCGCCCGCGCCGGUCAGCUCGAUGCAGUGGUGCAGAUUCUCCGCCUCGGCCGCGACGACCCCCAGUGCCCCGGACUGACCCAUAUGACCAUCAUCUAG